UCGACUUCCGGUUAUCUAUCUCGUGCCAGCCUAGACGCAGAAACAGUUUCCGAAGAGGAGUUUCGGGAGAUAUCGGAGAAUCCGCGCUUCGGUCAUUCAUUCGUUUCGUUUCCCCGCGGGCGGAAUCUGGUGAACCGGAAGUGAACGCUCGACAAAGUGAAAUCUUCGAAAUAGGGGAAUAAUCUACGAUCCGAUCCCAAGAGUUUGACAACAUUUUUUGGAUUUCGUAAAGAUUUCUGUCUCUGGCGAUAGAAUAGAAAGAUGAAGGAGAGGAAGGGAGAGCGGUGGAUCCGGCCGGUGGUUUGAUCCAUCGAUCCAUCGUCCAGAGAUCGGCGGCGGGCUGGAGAAGUUUUGGCGGGCUUUGAAGAGCUAGGGAGUUCCGCGGGACCCGGCAAAUGUGGCUUUGUGCACGGUGAGCCGGGGUUACGGGGGCCGUGGGGCCCGUGGAGGCGGGGGUAGAUCCCGUGGCGAGGCAAGCGUGAGGCUACCCCUGAGUCCUCGCACUCUGUGCGCCCCUGGGGCCGGAGGUGGCGCACAUGUGCACGUACAGGGGACCGGAGGAGCCGGUGGAACCGCGGCUGGAACCGGAAAUAAUCCCGGCACCGAGGAGGGAUCCGGCCUUCCGGACGAGCCAAUGGUGCACGUGGAGAGGGCCGCGCAGCAAGGUACCUGGAUAUGCUGCGUGCCGUGUUACUGGCUCAGACGAAGUAAGGCCGUGCACAAGGCGCUGCUCACGUUCGCGAUGCUGCUCGUCACCAGCCUGCUCGUCACCAGUCCUGUCCUCUUCCUCAUCACCACGCUGCCCGAGGGAGAGCAACCGCGUGAAUGCCUACCGUUGGACGAGGCCUGUAUCAGGGAGAGGGAUGGCCAGGAGGGUUUGUGCGACUCGAAAGCCUGCGAGGAAGCCUCGAAGCGGAUGGUGGCGUUCAUGAGGAAGGGGAUGGAUCCUUGCAAGGACUUUUAUCAGUUCGCGUGCGGCGGUAUUCGCGAUCAGCAACCGUAUCAACCUAGCUCGAGCUUCAACAUGCUCCAGGCGAAGGUUGACGAUCAUCUUCACAAGUUAAUGGCGAACAAGAGCGGUCACAUGGUGGGCGAGUUCGAGAAGUUGGGCCAGUUUUACAACGGAUGCUUGAAAUUCAGGGAGAAACCGGUGAAUUUUACACCCGUUUACGAGCUUUUACGCGAACUCGGGGGCUAUCUACCGCCGAAGAGCAUUGCACCGGUCGACAUAACGCCCCUAGUUUCGAGGUUGUUGAGGGUGAACGGCGCCCCCCUCUUCGACUUCUUCGUCGACGUGGAUCUUUACGACCGGUCUAGAUCGUCCGUCUUCUUGGAUCUGCCUACGAAACGUCAAGAAGACGCUUUCUUCGCGGAGAAUCCGGAAGAAGGAUUACGAUGGGCCAAGGCGUACUCGAUGAUGGAGAAGCAGCAAAAGAGGGCGGUGCACGAGGAAAGCCGAGCUUAUACCAUGAUCAAGAGUAAGAUGGAGGAGCUAAGAUCGAGAAGGAUUCACAGAAUCGUCGAAGGUUUCCUGCCGAAGAGUAUGGAUCCGAAAGAUCGCGCAUCGGAGACCGAUCUGCUGUUACAAUUCUGUCUGUCUCUCAGCAAGAUAUAUCCGAAGCACAAGGAUCUGUACAAUUGGGUGGACGUGGACCAAAGGGUGUACGUGCCGUUCAACAUGUCCUAUCUCCAGGAGAGUUUCGGUUAUAUAAGGUGGGGGACGCUGCUGAACGCCACUCUAGGCGCUGCCACUGCCGAUCUUUACAAUCACAGCAGCCGCAAUCGGGAUCGGGCCCAUUACGGCUACGAGGAUCAGCUGGUCUACGUUUACGUUACCGCCCCGCGUUACUUCCGCAGCCUUGGCAAACUGCUGAAUCGCUUUUCCAGGAGGAUUAUUCACAAUGGAUUGUUGCUGCUGUACGCGACGGACACUCUCCACGACAUCGUGAACGUGACGGGGAGCAAGGAUUGGAAGCUUUCUUGUUUCAAACUGACCAAGGAUGUGUUCGGUGAAGUCGUGGGCGCUCUCUACGUGCAGCAGUACACGCCUCAAUAUCUAGAAACCCUAGCGAACAGGGUGGGGGGGCUGUUCGAGCGCGUGAAAGAGACAGUAGCCGAGCGUAUUUUGGUGAAAUCUUGGCUGGACGAGGAGACGAGGACGCAGGCGUUGUUGAAGUUGAACUCGUUGCGGGGAAGAUUUCACGUGUGGCCUGGUUUCUACAACGAGAGUUUACUGGCCCGAGAAAUGGCCGAGGUGGACAUCGAUCCGGACGACUUUUUCCACACCGUGUUGAGACGGUUCCAACAGAUUCGCACCGUCGACGACAAGGUUUUGAGGAGAAACGUGACCGAGAAGCGUCGUCAUCCCUACAGCGUGAACGCCUACUACGAAUCAUCGACGAACACGAUUGGCAUCCCACUGGCUAUGAUGACAGCCUGGUCGUGGUCCUGGGACGGUGGACCAGCGUAUGCAGCGCACGCGACCCUCGGAUCCGUGAUCGGCCACGAGAUCCUCCACGCUUUCGACCUCCAUCGACGCCGACUGCCAUUGGAUCCCGAUAUGAACGUCGAUCAAUGGCUCUGGAUCACGCCCGAGUCUUGGAAGAGGUUGGAGGCGAGGAUCGAAUGCGUGGCGAGGCUUUACGCCAGGAGUUUCUGGAGGAAGGUUCAAUUUUACGGGAACGACGUUGCUGUACAGUUUGAUUGGAACGUGACGAGGAACGAGAACGUAGCUGAUAUCGGAGCCUUGCAGAUUUCGUAUAAAACCUGGCACACUUUGACGAACGGCAAGGAUCGAAGUCUUCCAGGAUUGGAGGGACUUCGCGCGAGCCAGCUUUUCUUCAUAAGCGCCGCCCAGACUUACUGUUCCAACAUGACUGCCGAGGCCUACAUUCUUUCCGUUGAGCUCGAUUACCACACACCUCAGCCCGAAAGAGUCAACGGUAUAAUGAUGAACUCUCAAGCGUUCGCGGACGCGUUCCGUUGCCCGCUCGGAACGAAAAUGAACCCCCCCAACAAGUGCACCACCUGGUGAUGGCGAUCAGGCUUGGACGAUCGUUCGCCGACAACGUCAGGUUUCAUCUCAUAAAUCGAUCAUUGGAUAUACGAGAUACGGCGUGGUGUGAUUGUGGGACGUGAAGAGCGAGGAAACGCGACAAGGGCUUAAUUAUUUUUCUUCAACAAUUGUCGAGCGAUCUUGCGUCGGAGGGAAUCGAUUCGGAAAUUCGAUUUGAAAAAUUGGAGGGAUUGAGAAAAGGAUCGACGGGAUCGCUCGAUUCGCCAGAAGAGGAUCGACGACAAGCUUGUUGCAACGUUUUCAGAGUUUUCUCUGGAAACCGGCAGAGGGGAUCCCCAAUCUCCCUUUCGGUUCGAACGCGCCAUUAAUGUUAAUAAUCUCUCCUUACGACGCUUUAGAGGACUUUAGAGAUUUAUUAUUAUAGCGAAAGCAAUAAAUUGUUGAACGAACGAGAGAGAGAGAGAGACACAGAGAGUGUAUAUGUAUGUACGUAUGUGUGUGUGAUAAAAAAAGGAAAAAAAAAAAACAAAAAACAAAAACAAUGAGCGAGUGAACGAGAGAGAAUAACGAGGAGACGUGUACACACGUGCACACGAAUAAAUAAAUUUAUCAAAGCGUUCUCGAUUUUGCAACGAGUAGCGAUCGGUGAUGAUGAGUUAAUGAUCGUUGCGAACGAUAUAAUUAUUCGUUAGCGGAGGGAGUAUUGCACGAUAGACCAGAUUAAAAAAGUAUACGAUAUACAUUUCGUACAUUUCCCACGAUUGACACGAAGGGUUACGUUACGUUAGGUAGGAUCGGCGAGUAAUCUUAACUCGCGCCUUCAGAGUUCGUUUAGAAAUGUUCGUUUUUUUUUUUUUUUUUUUUUCAAGAGUUCGUUUCAAAAUCGAACGAUCUCCGCGAUGUAUCUCUACGUUCGAGGAUCAAUAGAGCAAUAGAAAUGCGAGGUUCGAGAAGAGGUUCGAGUGGCAAAGGGGAUAAAACGUUCAUCGAGGAGGAUUCGUUUAGUUUCUCGAGCACCCGAUCGUCUUCGCUCUUGUCUUAUUCCUGUUAAAAAGAAGUUUGUAAAUAAGUCGUGCCCUCCCCCUCCCCCUUCCCUUUCCCUCUUCCCCGCUGAUCUUUUUCGGUUUAGUUUAGUUGAUUAGAGGAGCGGCGUAAAAAAAAAGAAAAAAAAAAAAAAAAAAGUAAAAGUAAAAGUAAAAUCGUCGAGUUGAAAAAAAUUAGGAGGAAAAAAAAUAAAUAAAUAAAAAUAGAAAAAAAAAAUAAUGAAAACUCGUCAAUCUCGUCACGAUUCAAUAUUUCGGAUAGAUUAACGCUGAGGAGGGCUUAGAGAGAUAACCAGGCUGGUUAGCGCGCGCUUUCUAUCUUCACCCGUGUAUUUCGCUCGGUUCUAUCUUCGUACGGACACAAAUUUCGAUUGACGCUUCGCUUUUAUUCGUGACACCGUUUCGCUCGGUUCUCGAUGGAAAAAAAAAAAAAAAA